AUAUAUUGUGAACCAGCCCACUAUCUAUCUGUGGGGAUAUAUUUGUUGACAAAACGUUGAAUGAAAUAGACGGUGUGAAAAAUUGAAAGAAGACACAGAAGUAAAGAGAUUGACAAAAAAAGAAAAUGGAUGAAUUAGGGGUACAUGAAACAGGUAAAUGCUUGUUUGACCGGCCUCGUGCGUCGACUUGCGAUUACUUCAGAGAAAACAGUGUGAACGAAGUUAGGGAAAAGGUGGAGCAAAAAAACUUGCUUGCGAAUAGCACAAAUCCUAUUGUGGACCCUAAGCUCAAAGAAUUGAAUCAAAAUCAAGCGUCAGUGUGCGAAGAUCAAAAUGACAAUGAAGAUGGUGAUUUGAUGUUUAAACAACUUAGGGUUGUCCUGAAUAAAGAUAGAAUUGUUAAAAUAAACAUGGAAAUUGAAGGGUACACUUUAGCUACCGUAGAUUCCUCGAGACAAACGGUCGCCGGGAGCCGUGAGGAAUGGACAUGUAGACGUGCGUGUUUGGUUAUAGCAGUGAGCGCCGUUAUAGGAUGUCUCCUGUCAUGGACCGUUCUUAUACCAGUUUUCUACACGAGCAGAUCGUCUUCUUCCGAUCCUAUCUUAAAUUCGUCGGUCAAUGAAAUGACAGCUUUGCAGAAGCCCUGGUAUGAACCAUAUACGGACAAUGCAGAUCAUAGCAAACCAAUCGGAAGAUUUGUCCUCGAUCAGCAGACAUUGAUGGACAGUGGUUUCCUACGAUGGAAGGGAUCGGAGCAGACAGUAGGCUCCCGCGUGCUGCCGAGCCCGAACGAAUCCUGUGUGGUAGCGCCGGAAGCCGGACUCUACAGGGUAUACUCACAGAUCACUUUCGCAUUUGACGGGCGGACACACCGGUCCGAGGUUGCGCACAGCGUCCUAGUGCGAACGGGUGAUGACGAGUACAUGGUGCAGAAAAAGUUAAUCAGCGUUCCUUUCAGAGACCCCAAACUUUCGAAGCGCCAUCAGACAAUGGACCCCAGUAACCUCAUAACGUCCGCGAAAGUCGCCACCGACGACCGCAUUUGCAUAUUGGUCAGCCCGGUGGGUCUUGUGUACAAGUCACAGGUAGACAACGUACUUAUGGUAGUGAAAGAAGGUUGAAAAGAGGUUUUCGUUGGUACCGAGCCUUUUAGCACAGGAAAAGAACUGGUUGUGUUGCUACGUGACGCCUUCGCAUGGAAGGUGGACAAAAGGCGGCGGAAGUUCCGCACUAUGUUACUGCUAUGUUCAGUCACGUUUUGAAACAGUGUUCAAUAUUUCACGGGUCCAUCUCAGCACAAUUUGAUGACACCGUUAGUGUAUUCUUUUAAAGUAAAAUAAACUACGAGUUUGGUGUUAAUGUAGGCUGAGCAAUCGCAAGUGAAAAACACACAUUAUACACACGCUUAUUUAUAUACAUUUAAAACGAAACACCUUUCCUGGGUAAAUACUCGAUCCUCAACUUUUUGGAGCAUUUACUUUAUACAAAUAUUGCUCCCUUUAUUUAUUGGGAUUCACUAUAUUGCAUUUAUCGGUAUCUAUUCUAAGCAGAUCUACCUCAUGUUUUUAUAUUUGAUUUUUUGUAAAAUUUACUUUUUAUUUUUUGUAUAAAUCUGUUUUAUUUCUAUACCUUGAUCAUUAUAGUUGUACAGUAAUUUAUAUACCGUCUCCGUGGCCUAGUGGAUAAGCGUCCGCCUACGGAGCGGGAGGUCGUGGGUUCGAUCCCUGGCCGCGUCAUACCAAAAGACGUUAAAAGUUGGUACAAGUAGCUCCCUUGCCUGGCGCUUGGCAUUUAAAGGGUAGUGCUUGGAAAAGUGGUGUACUCAGUACUGGUUUAACCCAGGAAAGUUGUACCCCGUGUAUCGGUGCUUUACACCGAGCACGUAAAAGAACCAAGGGGUCUCUUCGAAAAAGAGCUAGGGUCUCGCACCCGGACUUCCUUGUAUCCCACCACUGUCUCUUCAGCGUGCUGUCCCUUCAGCAAAAAACAAAGGACCCCGUUGGAAAUAAGUGCUUGCACUUUCACGGGUUAUCCUUGAUCGCAAGGUCUAAAAGAAAUACAA